GUUGGUUGGCGGCAGACGUAACAAGUCAUCAUUUGGGACUUUUGUCUUGCAGGGUCGCCUCUCCUGGAGCCGGACUCGGAGUCCAUGUGUGAAUCGGCUGAUAAUGAGGAGGAGUCCUCCUCAGAUGUGAGACUUCCAGAAAAUCACAUGAAAGUGUCCGCCGCCAGAAAACGGAGCAAGAGGCGCCCCAUCGACCUCAACAAGUGCAGCCUGUAUGGUCAGCUGUGCACGCCCUUCCAGGCCCUCAAUGUGACGGAAAUGGCAGAGGUACCCAUGAUCUCUCAUGGUCCUUCCGGCCUCGGCACAAGUGACUUCUGGUGGCCCCAACAAGGGGAGUCUCACAGGAACCCCAAGACACAAUCAUCCCAGAACCCACAGAGCCUGAAUGGCAGAGACUCGCAUCUUCUGUCCCUCCCCCCUCAUUCCUGAUGAUUCAGAAAUGCCCCAAUUCAUCAUGUGACACAUUAUAUGAGACUGACCCUUGGACUGACCCUACACCCCGACGGAGCUCUGACCCUACACCCCGACGGAGCUCUGACCCCUAGACCGACCCUACACCCCGACGGAGCUCUGACCCCUAGACCAACCCUACACCCUGACGGAGCUCUGACCCUACACCCCGACGGAGCUCUGACCAUACACCCUGACAGAGCUCUGACCCCUAGACUGACCCUACACCCCGACGGAGCUCUGACCCUACACCCCGACGGAGCUCUGACCCCUAGACUGACCCUACACCCCGAUGGAGCUCUGACCCCUAGACUGACCCUACACCCCGACGGAGCUCUGACCCCUAGACCGACCCUACACCCCGACGGAGCUCUGACCCUACACCCCGACGGAGCUCUGACCCUACACCCCAACGGAGCUCUGACCCCUAGACUGACCCUACACCCCGAUGGAGCUCUGACCCCUAGACUGACCCUACACCCCGACGGAGCUCUGACCCCUAGACCGACCCUACACCCCGACGGAGCUCUGACCCUACACCCUGACGGAGCUCUGACCCUACACCCCGACAGAGCUCUGACCCUACACCCCGACAGAGCUCUGACCCCUAGACUGACCCUACACCCCGACGGAGCUCUGACCCUACACCCUGACAGAGCUCUGACCCCUAGACUGACCCUACACCCCAACGGAGCUCUGACCCUACACCCCGACAGAGCUCUGACCCCUAGACUGACCCUACACCCCGAUGGAGCUCUGACCCCUAGACUGACCCUACACCCCGACGGAGCUCUGACCCCUAGACCGACCCUACACCCCGACGGAGCUCUGACCCUACACCCCGACAGAGCUCUGACCCCUAGACCAACCCUACACCCUGACGGAGCUCUGACCCUACACCCCGACAGAGCUCUGACCCUACACCCUGACGGAGCUCUGACCCUACACCCCGACAGAGCUCUGACCCUACACCCCGACAGAGCUCUGACCCCUAGACUGACCCUACACCCCGACGGAGCUCUGACCCCUAGACCGACCCUACACCCCGACGGAGCUCUGACCCCUAGACCAGCCCUACACCCUGACGGAGCUCUGACCCUACACCCCGACGGAGCUCUGACCCUACACCCCGACAGAGCUCUGACCCCUAGACUGACCCUACACCCCAACGGAGCUCUGACCCUACACCCCGACAGAGCUCUGACCCCUAGACUGACCCUACACCCCGAUGGAGCUCUGACCCCUAGACUGACCCUACACCCCGACGGAGCUCUGACCCCUAGACCGACCCUACACCCCGACGGAGCUCUGACCCUACAAGAUAAACAAUCAUCCCAGAACCCACAGAGCCUGAAUGGCAGAGACUCGCAUCUUCUGUCCCUCCCCCCUCAUUCCUGAUGAUUCAGAAAUGCCCCAAUUCAUCAUGUGACACAUUAUAUGAGACUGACCCCUAGACUGACCCUACACCCCGACGGAGCUCUGACCCCUAGACCGACCCUACACCCCGACGGAGCUCUGACCCCUAGACCAACCCUACACCCUGACGGAGCUCUGACCCUACACCCCGACGGAGCUCUGACCCUACACCCCGACAGAGCUCUGACCCCUAGACUGACCCUACACCCCGACGAAGCUCUGACCCUACACCCCGACAGAGCUCUGACCCCUAGACUGACCCUACACCCCGAUGGAGCUCUGACCCCUAGACUGACCCUACACCCCGACGGAGCUCUGACCCCUAGACCGACCCUACACCCCAACGGAGCUCUGACCCUACACCCUGACAGAGCUCUGACCCCUAGACUGACCCUACACCCCAACGGAGCUCUGACCCUACACCCUGACAGAGAUCUGACCCCUAGACUGACCCUACACCCCGACGAAGCUCUGACCCCUAGACCGACCCUACACCCCGACGGAGCUCUGACCCUACACCCUGACGGAGCUCUGACCCUACACCCCGACAGAGCUCUGACCGUACACCCCGACAGAGCUCUGACCCCUAGACUGACCCUACACCCCGACGGAGCUCUGACCCUACACCCUGACAGAGCUCUGACCCUACACCCCAACAGAGCUCUGACCCUACACCCCAACAGAGCUCUGACCCUACACCCCGACAGAGCUCUGACCCCUAGACUGACCCUAGACUGACCCUACACCCCGACGGAGCUCUGACCCUACACCCUGACAGAGCUCUGACCCUAGACUGACCCUACACCCCGACGGAGCUCUGACCCUACACCCCGACAGAGCUCUGACCCUACACCCCAACGGAGCUCUGACCCCUAGACUGACCCUAGACCGACCCUACACCCCGACGGAGCUCUGACCCCUAGACUGACCCUACACCCUGACAGAGCUCUGACCCCUAGACUGACCCUACACCCCGACGGAGCUCUGACCCCUAGACUGAAGUUUUGCUGAUUGUUGUUUAGUGAAUAAACUUUUCUGUGUUAA